UGUUUAGAUAAAGAGGAGUUGCUAUGGCAACUAUGUUUGUGUCUGUGUUUUCGUAUAGUUAAUAAUUUAAAACGUUUAGACAAAAAUAUGAAUGAAAAUAAUUUAUAAACUUUUAAGGCAUAUAACAUUAUUUAAGUUUUAGAGAAUUAGUAUAAAUUUUAUAUAAGCAUUUCUGCCAGAGUUUGCUGCUUCACCAAUCUUUAGAUAAUGUCAAGAAUCCAAGAUAUAUUUGCUUUUUACAUUUAUCGCUUUCUGCAGGAAAUUUGCUUUGAUGCACAAAGUUUGUGCAUUCAAGUAUGAGCAUAAAUAUACUCUAGCUGUUUCUUCUUAUUAUUCUGAAAUGCAUUUCUAAAUGUAAACUCUAAGGAAAAACAAUUAUAAAGAUUUAAUAAUUAACACUUGUGUAUGCUUUGCACAGUUAAUACUUGUGAAAUAUUUUUCAUAAAUUUUAGUAUUUAGUGAUUAAAUAUAUAUACAAACAAAUAAAUCAAUGUUAAAUAGCUGGAAUAGCAAAGAUUGAUUCUAAACUAAUAUAUUUUAUUAGACGAGAAAUUUUAUACUUUUCAUUAAAAGGUUCUCUGUAUGUUUUAUUUGGUAGUACAAAUAUUUUAGUUUACUGUAAUAAUUUUUGAAUUAUUGAACUAUUCAUCACCUGUUUAGAAAUCUUUGUUGCUAGUAUAAUGUUGGAAAUCAAUCUUAAUCGAGUUGAUUAUCUUCAAGUUGGUGUAACAUCUCCAAAGACAACAAAGCUUCUACCUGCUCAAGAAGAAAAAUCAUGUCAAAGAGUUGCUGUAGCUGAUCAUUAUGGAGUAGUUCAAUGUUUUGGAACAAAGAAAAAUGAAAUUCAAACUUAUUUCAAGACAUUACCAGGUCCUAAAAUUAUGAGAUUAGAACUUGGUGGUGCAAUUGGAACAACAAGGGAUAAGAUUUUUGUUGCUUCUGGAGGUGAAGUCAAAGGUUAUACUAGAAAAGGGAAACAAUUUUUGCGCUUUGAUACAAAUAUGACUGAACCAAUUAAAUCAAUGCAUAUCAGUGGAAAUGAUCUUUUUGUCUGUGGGAAUUUCAUGUAUAAUCACUACUAUGAAUGCCAAGACCAAAAUUAUUAUUUAUCUGUUGAUAGUAUUAAUGAUAUGAUAUGUCUUGAUAUGGAUAAAGUUGGAACAAUAGUGCCUAUUCUUGCCUGUCAGGAUAGAAUUCUUCGAGUGCUGAAAGAAUCCAACUGCCUUUAUGAAAUUGAAGUUCCUGGUCCUCCAUCUACGUUAGCUCUGUAUCAAAAUGAUGGAGGAGAUGCUGGUGAAGAUUUAUUGUAUGGAACUACUGAUGGCAAAGUUGGUCUUGUUUCUGUUGGAAGAACUGCUUGCAGCCAUAGAUGGGAAAUUCCUAAUAACAAAAAGCAUGGAGGAGUUUUAAGCCUGGAUAACUAUGAUAUUACUGGUGAUGGUAUCAAAGAUUUGAUUAUUGGUCGUAGUGAUGGUUUGAUUGAAGUUUAUGGAUAUGAUGAAACUGAAAAUCCAGUGCCUAGAUUUACUUAUAACUGUGGUGAAAGUGUGACUUCUGUUAAUGGCGGCAUUGUUGGUUCGGCUGGAUAUGAUGAACUCUUAAUUACUACAUAUACUGGUUGGAUAUUUGGUCUUUCUUCUGAACCAGCAGACAAACGUCUUGAUCCAAAUUAUCUUCUUAUUUCUGAAGAUGCAGCUCAGAAAAUAUAUAAACUGAGAGAAGAAGUAGAAGAAUUGCAGCAACAGGUACAAAAAGAAAGAGAGAAUUAUCAGUUAGCUGCACAAUCAGAUAUUGGUGGAGUUUCUGCAGUGCCUUAUUUUAGCAUCAAUGAUAUGUUUCAACUGAAUCAUGAAGAUGCAUCAUACCUUCUGACAUUGGAAGUUCAAACAGCAAUUGAUAAUGUUUUGAUACAAAGUGAUGUUCCUGUUGAUCUUUUAGAUAGUGAAAGAAAUUCUGCAGUUGUUAGUUACAGCUCCUGUGAUCCAGAAAGUGAUGGAAAUUUUCUGUUGGCCACUUACAGAUGUCAAGCAAAUACAACACGUUUGGAAGUUAAGAUUCGAUCAAUUGAAGGACAAUAUGGCACUUUGCAAGCAUAUAUUACUCCAAGACUCCAGCCUAAGUGUUGUCAAAUUCGGCAAUAUCAAAUAAAACCAUUGUCCCUUCAUUGUCGAACUCACACUUUUGAUGAAAAUAAGCCCUUAAAUACUUUAACUCUCAGAGGGGCUUUUGCUCUUGCUGAAAUUCAUUCCUGGAUAGUUUUCUGUAUGCCAGAAGUUCCUGAAAGGAUGCCACCUGGAGAAUGUGCUACCUUUUAUUUUAAAUCAACAUUCUUGGAUACAGUUUUGUAUUGCUAUUACAAGAAAGGAGAAUCUAUUUUUAAGUCUGAUAAUAUAUCCACUAUUUCUAUAUUGAAAGAUGUUUUAACACGGGAGGCUACCAAGAAGAAGAUAUCUCUUGACAUUUCCUUUGAUAUUAAUGAUGAAAGUGUCCCACACAUGCUGAGGUUUAUUCAUCCAAAGCUGGAAUAUCAGUUGCUUUUAGCAAAGAAAGUCCAAGUCAUUGAUGCUUUGAAGGAUUUAAAAGUUCAUGAAAGUGAUUUAAGCUUUUUAGCACCUGAAUAUCAAGAAAUUUUGAAUUUAUCAGAUCAGUUGCAACUUGAAUACAAACGGCAGCCUUGUCACCUCGAAAGAUUAUUUGGAAUGAUAACAGAUUUAUACAUUGAUGUUUACAAAUUUAAAGGAAUCAAUGUGAAAUCGAAAGUUUCAUCUCUUCUUCAGAUUCUUAAUAACUAUGAUUUGGAAACUUUAAUUAACUUUUUCCAAACAAAAAGAUGAUUUAUUUAACAAGAUUUAAUAUCUGUAUGUUGUACUAUAUUUAAUUAGAAACUAAGCAAUGCAACAUGAUUUUAAAUUAAACAUAUUUUUAUUUAUUUAGUGAAUUGUUAAAAUAAGAGCUAAUAUUUUUAAAAACAUAAAAAAAAACUUGAACUUAAACGAGUAUGUCCAAUGCAUUAUUUCUUUUAUUCAAAUCUCACCACUAAUUCUCUGAAAAUUUCAAAGGAAAAUGAAUAUUACUCAUGUGAUAUGUUAG